GGAUACCCGGAUCCAUGCAUUGCUCUCGCUCUGUGGGGUAUCUCUGCUCUACGAUGUGAUAUCCAGAGCUCUGCCACUGCCCCCAUUUCUUUUCAUCGAUUUUUAUUUGGUCUGUUUUUAUUUCCCCGCCUCCUCCCUCGCUUUAACGUCGGCUGGAUUUUUUUGCAUCGAUCGGACGGUCCUGCACACGGAGACGAGCUCGGGAAGACAUGCGUCUCUGGGGAUGAUGCCAUUGCCGUGGGUGCCACCCUCCCUGUCGCCAUGACGAUGCCACUCAGCCCCCUCUCCAGUGACGAGGAGCAGCAGAAGAUGCUGGGGAACAGUCAGCACCUGUAUCCAGGGGCGGAGGACGAGGAGGAGGAGGGGGGCGAGGAGGAGGAGGAGCUGGACGAGGAGUACGGGGACGAGGACGGAGAGGAGGAGGAGAACGGAGAGCUGAAUGGUGAGGAGGUGGAGGAGGGUGAAGAGGAGGUGCUCAGGAGAGGAGGAGGAGGAGGAGCGGGGAGGGCAGACGGGCACAGGGGAAAAGGCACAACGGCUGCACGUACCAUGAGAGGUUCCAACCCGGGACACAGCACUAAUCCCUAUUCAUCAAACCCUGGCCCCGCCCACCAACCGGCAGCCAAUCAGCAGCAGCAGAAGAAGCUGAGAAGGGGCUCGAGCUCCGCCCUCGACGACACACACAUCUCGCUGAUGGUGUUUCGCAUCGGCAUCCCCGACAUCAAACAGACGAAAUGUUUGCGGUUUAACCCGGAGGCGACGGUGUGGCGGGCGAAGCAGCAGGUCUUGUGCAGCCUGACCGAGUCGCUGAGAGACGUCCUGAACUACGGCCUCUUCCAGCCGGCCACGGACGGACACGACGCCAAGUUCCUGGAGGAGGAGAGGCCGCUCCGAGAUUACCCACAGUCCUUCGAGAAAGGAGUGCCUUACCUGGAGUUUCGCUACAAAACUCGAGUGUACAAGCAGACCAACCUGGAUGAGAAGCAACUUGCCAAGCUGCACACUAAGGCCAGCCUGAAGAAGUUCAUGGACUAUAUACAAUCAGGAGCAGUGGAGAAGGUGGCCAAGCUGCUGGACAAAGGACUCGAUCCUAAUUAUCACGACCCUGAAAAUGGAGAGACCCCCCUGACGCUGGCAGUGCAGUGUGAGCCGGGAGCAGGAGAGAUGAUCAGGGUUCUGGUGAUGGCUGGAGCACACAUCGACUUCAGGGCCAGAGACGGACUCACACCUCUGCACAAGGCCGUCCGAGCUCAUGCACACACCGCUCUGCUGACUCUGCUGUCUCUGGGAUCGUCUCUGGACUAUAAGGACCGGCGCGGCCUGACCCCGCUCUACCACACUGUGCUGACAGGGGGCGACACGUCCUGCUGCGAAACGCUGCUCUAUCACAGAGCCAAGAUCGGCGUGAGGGACGAGAACGGCUGGGACGAGACGCACCAGGCCUGUCAGAACGGCAACUCGCAACAUCUGGAGCAUCUUCUGUUCUACGGCGCCGACUCGUCCUCCCAGAAUGCCUCAGGAAACACUGCCUUGCACAUCUGUGCUUUGUACAAUAAGGAGAGCUGCGCCCGGAUCCUGCUGUAUCGGGGAGCAAACAAGGACAUCAAGAACAACAGCGGACAGACGCCGUUUCAGGUGGCAGUGAUGUCAGGUCACUUCGAGCUAGGCGAGAUCAUCAAAAACCAUCGAGAUUCAGACGUAGUGCCGUUUUUGGAGUCACCAAAGUUCGCACCCCAGCGGCGGGAGAGUGGGCGCACGCUGGCACCGCCCCAUCCACACCCGUUCCUACGCGCCAACAGUGACAACAGUAUGAAUGUUCCUGAGUGGCUGGCGUUUCCCAAUACAGCCACGCAGAACAUUGUCUCCGUGCAGGGUCUAAAACACGGCGGUACACUGCGCAGCUCCAGCAGUCCACGUGGAGCCCGGACCCGCUCGCCGUCCCGUGGCCGAAGCGGAGAGCGAGACGAUCGCAGCAGACAGAGCCGGAGACAGGGGCCGGGCUCCAUCAGUUCACAGGGAGCAGCCACGGGUCAGCGGAGGCGUUUGUACAGCGCCGUGCCGGGCCGAGUGUUUGUGGCCACGCACUCACACACGGCGCAGGGCGAGCGCGAGAUUAGCCUCAACAAGGGAGACAAAGUCAAAGUACUGAGCAUCGGCGAGGGAGGAUACUGGGAGGGGACGGUCAGAGGACGGACCGGUUGGUUCCCCUCGGAAUGCGUGGAGGAGGUCGCCCCUCGUAGCCUGGACCACCGCUCAGACAGCCGGAGUGAGAAAGCCAAGAGACUCUUCCGUCAUUACACGGUGGGAUCGUACGACAGCUUUGAUGCACCCAGUGACUACAUAAUCAAGGAGAAAACGGUGCUCCUCCAGAAAAAAGACAGCGAGGGUUUCGGCUUUGUGCUGAGAGGCGCCAAGGCUCAGACCCCUAUAGAAGAGUUCACACCCACCCCGGCCUUCCCAGCUCUGCAGUACCUAGAGUCAGUCGACGAGGGAGGCGUGGCGUGGAGGGCUGGUCUACGAAUGGGCGACUUCCUGAUUGAGGUGAACGGUCAGAACGUGGUGAAGGUCGGGCACAGGCAGGUGGUCAACAUGAUCCGACAGGGUGGCAACAGCCUCAUGGUGAAGGUGGUGAUGGUGACGCGCAACCCCGACAUGGAGGAGGGAUCCCGAAAGAAAAUUCCACAGCAGAGUAAGAGGCUGAGCACACCGGCCAUCGCGCUGCGCUCCAAAUCCAUGACCUCAGAGCUGGAGGAGAUGGUCGACAGAGCGUCGGCACCUUGGAAAAAGAAACCAGAGUUGGAAUCCUCACAAGCUACAGAGAAGAAGAGGACGGUCUAUCAGAUGGCUCUGAAUAAGCUGGAUGAGAUUUUAGCAGCAGCUCAGCAGACCAUCAGCACCGGUGAGACGCCGGUGCCACGGACUCAGGGGAUGAAGCGGGAGAGAGGACGAGGCUUUUACAACGAGUCAAACUAUGACCAGUUAGGAAUGGUGCUGCCAUCGUCCGGGGCGGGGCUGGGAUACGGCCGUGUCCCCUUCGCGUCUGGCCACGCCCCCCAGCACGGUAUGCUGCGACAGAAGUCCAUCGGGGUUCCAGAAGAGGAGAAGCAGUUUCUCCAUCCUCCCGCUAUGAAGUUUACACGAAGCCUUUCGGUCCCCGGGCCAGAGGAAAUCCCCCCACCGCCCACCACAGCUCCCCCUGAGCCCCCCUUCUCCUCGGCACCCCCUCUGGGCUGGAGAGGGAAGACGUCUCAACAGCCGGCGGUCUCUCAGUCUACCGCCACUUCAGCUCACUAUCAGCUUUACUCUCAAUCCUCUCACUACGCUCACGGACCCAGGGACAGGUCCCCCGGACCCCCGACGAGUUCUGCAGUCACUGACAGUGCAACCUCUUAUUCCCAUGCCCAAGCGCACCCAUCUGUGCCCACCAGGACUGCCUCCAGGAAGGUGAUGGGCUACACGGGAGAGACUUCAGGGGCUGGAGGAGCAGCAAGUGUAAGGUCGGCCGGUUUGAGAAGAGGCUACAGCAAUGCGGUCCCACCUACCAGCGUGGCCACGGUGAUCCCGCAGCAGCAACAGACCGCACAGAGCCAAGUGGCAAGGACAGAACGCACAGUGGCAGCAACGGCAGCUGCCGGUGUUGCGAAAGCGGUUCCACGGAGAGGCAAGGGGCCCUUGGUGAAACAAUCAAAGGUGGAAGACCUGCGUUCUGGUCAGAGUACCCUAGUAGGAAAAGGCUCCGUGGAGAAGAGCUCCAUCCCCAUCCCUACCAUCAUCGUCAAAGCCCCGUCCACCAGCAGUAGUGGGCGCAGUAGUCAGGGAAGCAGUGUUGAGGCUGAGCCACCCCUUCCUGGAGAGAGCGACAGCUCCAAACCCGCACCCGUGGUGCCCCCUCCUGCCCCCAACAUACCCCCUCCUGAGCCACCCUCGGUACCCCCGCCUCCACCCCCUUCAUUGCCGCUGCUCAGAGCUCAGGAGAACCUUGACUACACCAGCCAGUUUGGCGCCGCCAUCGUAGGAGCAGCCCGCAGAGAUCGUGAGCGCUUUCACGAAGCCCGAAGGAAAAGCGCAUCAUUUUUUCUUUCUGCUGAGGAAGAACUCGGAGGGAGUGCUGGUCUUGGUGGAAUGGGAAGGAGUCCAGGCUCCCAGCAGCAGCUUCAGCAGCAGCAACUAAGCUCUCAACCCUCACCCCGCCUGAGACCCUCAAAGUCUAUAGAUGAAGGCAUGUUCUCAGGAGACACGUUUAUCCAACACACCCGCAGCAUGCCACCUGCAUUUGGCCUGCCAGAGUACUCCACACAGGUACCACCGGGGGACUAUCAGCCCAAAUCUGUACCUGCUGACUUUUACCUGGGAGCAAGCCGUCAACAGCCACAGCAGCAACAGCCUCCCACCACCACCUUCAUCCACCCACUGACGGGGAAGGUCCUGGAUCCGUCGUCUCCUCUAGGACUGGCUCUGGCUGCAAGGGAGCGCGCUCUCAAAGAUGAUGGGCGUAUGCGCAGAGAAAGAACCAGUGAUCACCAUUUUACCCGUCAGCUCUCCAGUGUGGGGCCGUUUCCUUCAUCCGCUGCCCCGCCGGCAUCUGUUCUCUCGUACUCUGUUGCUCCUUCCUCCUCCAUCGGUGCUUCCGCCGCUCAGUCCUCCAGCACCUCCUCGUACCUUGUCACCUCAUCUUCACUGGCUGCUACCACCACCUCCACCCGGCCUCCGUCACCCAGGAUCCUGAGGAGAGCAGGAGGAGGCUGGGACGAGGAGGCCGGGGAACGAUCUGAAAGAGAGGCCGCUCCUUCCAGAGAAGGGCUAAGGGUUCGAUUCUCAGAGGACAAAACAGUCCACACGCACCACUACCAGUCGCAGCACUACCAGCCGACGCAGAAGGAACGGGAAAGGGAGCGGCAGAGGGAACGUUCCCGGGAACGCGAAAGAGAGAGGGAGCGAGAGAUGGAUAGAAUCCAGGGCCAUCAACAACCAUCCACACAGCAAACUCCUCAGCAGCCUCGGAGACCGUCGUUUUUGAGAAUGGAAAGCGAGGCUGGGCCGUACAUCCUCUCCCUGACCCCUCCGUCUCCUCCUAAUGUCAUGCCCACACGCCAAACAGCAGGAGGGGGACCUGUCAGGGAGGGAGGCAGCGGGAUGGGAAUGAUGGUCCUACCUCCUCCGGCUCCCUCAGUGGAUGCAGAUGAUGAGUUUGUGUUUGCUGAACCUCUCCCACCGCCACUGGAAUUUGCCAAUAGCUUUGAUCGUGGAGUAGGUUAUUCCGGGAUGAUGGCUAACAACCUGGCGACUCGACAGCAGCAACAUCACUCGGUUGCUCCCCAUCCUCCACCCCCACCCCCUCCACCUCCUGCAAAAGAAACCUUCAUGACGGGCAUCCCUGCCCACACACCCUUGCCCUCCCCACAGGCCGCUGACUCCACUACCUCCAGUCUUACUUCCUAUGAUAGUGAAGUUGCUAACUUGACUCAGUCUGCCCCAUCGCCUUCUUCUGCGUCUCCCAAUCCUCCCCCACCUCCCUCACCUUCCACUCUGCAACCAUCUGGACCUCCUCCACCUCCAUCUGUGUCGCCUCCUCCUCCACCGUCCUACCACAGACCCUCUGGAUUGUCCCAGUCGCACCAUCUCUAUAACAACACUCCUGCAACCAGACGUGCCCUUUCCCCCACACCUCCACCCUCCUCAAUCCCAGCUCCACCUGCAUACAGGGGUGCUACUUCAACCCCAGCAACAUCUGCCCCUUUGAGGGGCACCUCCGGCCUCUCCAUGACCACAACCUGUGCCGCAGAAACGACCACAGCCACUACAGUUGCCAUAGUUGCUAGCACUGCGGCCGCCGUCAGCUUGCACACCCAGCGCAUCGCAACCGUUUCCACGGUGGCCAUGGGAAGCAGAAGUAGGAGGUCCAGCACCGAGCAUCACCCACCACCCCCCACAACCAGGGUCAAGAGUGGGGAGUCACAGGAGACCGUGGUGGACUCCGGUAUCGAGGAGCUGGACAGCCGGAGCAGCAGCGACCAUCUGGACAGCAUCCUGGCACUUAGUGGUGGCAGCGUCAGAGAAAGGAUGGAGAGAGCAGGAAUGGGUGGUUUCAGUGGAGGAGGAGCAGAAAGUGACCGGAUAAGCGGAGCAGAUUUCCUAGAGUCCUACAUGAGCUAUCUGGACGGACAGACGUUUGAAAUGCACAACACUAAAGCAGCUAGUUCUGCCUCCACGUACCCUAAAACACAGCGAUACCGAGAGGUCAGUCGGGACCUCGCGCGACAGACCAGCACGGCUCCGCCGGCCUAUCACAGGCGUCGUGAGGAGGAAGAGCCGGAGGAAGAAAAUGGAGAGGAAGAGGACACGCGGGAUGGUUACAGCAUGAGGGAAGGACAGGGACUGUCUCGCUCCGCUGUUAUGUACUUUGAUCGGCCCCGGACACCCGAGAUUAAGCCUCUUUGGGGUGAAGGGUUAACUGGGGCGACCCAGGUAGUGGCGGAAAGCGGGGCUCAGGCUAUGGGGACGUAUCUGGACGGACGUAAGGUCCACCCUCCCGUAUCCAGCAUGAAAGCGAGCAUCAUCACUGAACUAAGUACCAAAUUGCAACAGAGGGGCAAGGGAAUGGAGAGCUGGGGGUCACAGCGGUCACUCAGCAGACACAGAUUCUCUGAGGACUCGACGGGUGCCCUCAGCCCCCCAUCGGCGCGCUCUCCCUCUCCGUCUCCUCUGGCUCAACCUGUCCUGUCUCCGUCCCCGACGGCGUCCUCCCAUCCUCCUCUGUACCCAAACUGGGCUCGUUCGCCAUCCCCGCAGCCGCCCGGUGCCUCUUCUCAACCCUCGACUGCAGCCCCUGGCACCACUUCCCGCUCUCAUUCGCCGGUCUCCCCCUCCGCCUACGCUCCCUACCCAACGUCUCCCAAGCAUCGACCAGUUUACCGCUCCAAAGCUCUCGAGUUCCAGUUCAUCCCGAGCAGGGAGACGCGCAAGGCCGAGUCUCAACGCCGCAGAGCUCCGAGUCCCCUCAUCUCGCCGUCGGAGCGCCCCAAAUUGGGUCCACCACGCCCUUCUUCCCUGCCUAUCCUUCCUACAUCGCCGCUCUACAGUAGUCUUUAUGACCUGCGUGGUUCCAUCACUCCUCCCUCACCGGCGAAUCCGCUGGGCGAUGCGUAUUUCUCUCCGUCCCCACCUUUGUUCGCUCCCUCUGGAGCACCGCCGCCUCCCAACUCGUCCCUGGUGGUCUCUCGCUCCCUCUCACCUACCCACUUCCUCUCCGGUACAUCCUCACCACCUUUGCACUCUAUAGCCCCGCCUACUUGUCUAAGCUACCCUCACUUGCCGCCUCCAUCCCCCUCCAAGCCUUUCGCCUCCAAGCCGCUGCCCUAUUGGACCAAGUACGACGUUGCUGAUUGGCUAGCGUACCUAAAUUUAGCCGAGCACAGGGAGCGCUUUCUGGACAACGAGAUCGACGGGACGCACUUGCCCUCGCUUACCAAGGAUGACUACCUAGACCUGGGUGUUACCCGCGUGGGGCACCGUAUGAAUAUAGAGCGGGCACUCCGGAGGGUAAUGGACAGGUGAGAGCGAGAGACUUGGGGAGGACUGUUAGGGAGGCAAAGUAAGUGCUUGUGCAGGAUGAUGAGCAAGAAGUUGGGCAAGGAAUGGGAGAAAGACCUGGGCAAUGAAGAAAUUUAGAGUUUUCCAUUUCCCCAAGACCCACAGACGAGAGGAUCGAAAGUGAAGACGACUGUAGAAAAACGAGCGUUUGUGAACUGUAAGACUAAUCCGUUCCCAAAAAGAAGAGGACAUCACUUGACCAGAGACCUUGUACAAACAGAGGGAAGCCCAAAUGGAGGAAUUAUUUACCCAACCACACCCUUCAACUCACACAAACUCAGAUACAGAUACCACACAGUCAAUUUUAACACGUUCACCACCUCAUACAGUUCAAAUAAAAGCCAACUGUUAGCAAACUGA